CCCAGCGUGUGCGUGCGCAUGCGCGAACGCGGCGCGCGCGGCUGUUAGGCCGCUGGUUUGGGGGCUCUGGGAUCUGCUGCGUCUCCGCAAGCUGUCUACUGUGAGUCACGAGCCGCCGUGAACACCCGGAUUCCAGUGGGCGCUUGCGAGCACGGGGGCAUCGCCCGCAGUGGCCAAGCUCAUGGCCGGCUGAGCGGGACGCCGCCUCCGCCUCAGCCGCCGCCGCCGCCGCCGCCUCUUCCUCCUCAGCCGGCGGCGGCCCGGGCCCAGCAGCCAUGGCCGAAGACUACUGGGACUGGCGCCUGCGGCGAACUGGAGGAAAAGGAGGUCGCGCGGCCUCACCCCGGGCCGCCGCCCCAGGCGCCACCGCGCCGGUCCCGCGGCUCUGAGGUUACUCGCGCGCCCCCUCCGGUUGCCAUGGAUCGGAUGAAGAAGAUCAAACGGCAGCUGUCAAUGACACUCCGAGGGGGCCGAGGCAUAGAUAAGACCAAUGGUGUCUCUGAACAGAUAGGCCUGGAUGAGAGUGGUGGUGGUGGUGGCAGUGACCUUGGAGAAGCCCCCACCCGUAUUGCCCCUGGGGAGCUUCGCUCUGUUCGGGGCCCACUCAGCUCUGCACCAGAGAUUGUGCACGAGGACAUGAAGAUGGGAUCUGAUGGGGAGAGUGACCAGGCUUCAGCCACAUCCUCAGAUGAGGUGCAGUCUCCAGUGAGAGUGCGCAUGCGCAACCACCCCCCACGCAAGAUCUCCACUGAGGACAUCAACAAACGCCUGUCAUUACCAGCUGACAUACGGCUGCCUGAGGGCUACCUUGAGAAGCUGACCCUCAAUAGCCCCAUUUUUGAUAAGCCUCUUAGCCGGCGCCUCCGCCGUGUCAGCUUGUCUGAGAUUGGUUUUGGAAAACUGGAGACCUACAUCAAGCUAGACAAGCUGGGUGAGGGUACCUAUGCUACUGUCUACAAAGGGAAAAGCAAGCUCACAGACAACCUUGUAGCACUUAAGGAGAUCAGACUGGAACACGAAGAAGGGGCACCCUGUACUGCUAUCCGGGAAGUAUCCCUGCUUAAGGACCUCAAGCAUGCCAACAUCGUUACACUACAUGACAUUAUCCACACAGAGAAGUCCCUCACACUUGUCUUUGAAUACUUGGACAAGGACCUGAAGCAGUACCUGGAUGACUGUGGAAAUGUCAUCAACAUGCACAAUGUGAAACUGUUCCUGUUCCAGUUGCUCCGUGGCCUGGCCUACUGCCACAGGCAGAAGGUGCUACACCGAGACCUCAAGCCCCAGAACCUACUCAUCAACGAGAGGGGAGAGCUCAAACUGGCAGACUUUGGCCUGGCUCGUGCCAAGUCAAUUCCUACUAAAACGUACUCCAAUGAAGUAGUGACCCUGUGGUACCGGCCCCCUGACAUUCUACUUGGGUCCACAGACUACUCUACCCAAAUUGACAUGUGGGGUGUAGGCUGCAUCUUCUAUGAAAUGGCCACAGGCCGGCCCCUCUUCCCAGGCUCCACAGUGGAAGAACAGCUGCACUUCAUCUUCCGCAUUUUGGGCACCCCAACUGAGGAGACAUGGCCAGGUAUCCUGUCCAAUGAGGAAUUUAGAACAUACAACUACCCCAAGUACCGAGCUGAGGCCCUUCUGAGCCAUGCACCCCGACUUGAUAGCGAUGGAGCUGACCUCCUCACCAAGCUGCUGCAGUUUGAGGGUCGCAAUCGGAUCUCUGCUGAGGACGCCAUGAAACAUCCAUUCUUUCUCAGCUUGGGGGAUCGGAUCCACAAACUUCCUGACACUACUUCCAUAUUUGCACUAAAGGAGGUACAGCUACAAAAGGAGGCCAACAUUCGGUCCACUUCUAUGCCUGACUCAGGCAGGCCAGCUUUCCGUGUGGUGGAUACCGAGUUCUAAGCCAAGUUUUAAGCCACAGAC